AUGGCUGAGAUACACUUUUCUGAGGAGGAUGCCAGGGCAUUAAAGGGCAGGGUUGUUGUGUUGACAGGCGGAGCGCAAGGCAUUGGUGCAGCGGCCGUAGCAUUGUACCACAGCCAAGGCGCACAUGUCUACUUCGGAGACUGGGACGAGGCGAAAGGCAAGGCAGUUAUGCGAGAACUGCAAUCCAAAAACACAGGAGGCUCGGUGCAUUUCCAGAAGCUCGACGUCCGGGAUUACGACUCGCAGCUAGCCCUCUUCGAUACGCCAUUUAAGGACCACGGCCGUGUUGACGUCGCCGUGUCCUGUGCUGCCGUGAGGGAGAAAGGCGGGUGGUUUGAGCCAGAAGAUUUGGACUUGGCGAGCGUCCGGCUUGAGCCCGUGCCACUCAAAGAUCACAUCGACAUAAACUUGGUUAGUGUUUUAUCAUUUUGCCGGAUCGCCCUGGCGUACAUGAAGGCCAGCCAUCCUGCAGGCGAGGAGGGCACAGACUUUUCAAAAUCCAUCGUGCUCGUCUCUUCAAUAGCCGGCAUCACCGAGGCACCCGGGCUGUUCGCCUAUUCGACAGCGAAACAUGGCGUUAUUGGUCUCAUGCGAGCCCUCCGGCCAUGGGCGCCCCUCAAAUACGGAGUUAGGGUGAAUGCGCUUUGCCCAUGGGCCACCGACACUCAACUGCUUGGUGUGAGAGAGAAGUGGGUUAAAGAGAAGAUGCCAUUGAAUGCACCGACCGAUGUCGGGAAGAUCAUACUCCAAUGCUCAGCCGAUCGGGGUCUCAAUGGGAAAGCUGUUUUCAUCACGGGAGGAAGAUUCUUCGAUACUGAGGAGGGUGUCGAUAGAACACUGCCGCAGUGGAUGGGGGAGCAGAACGCGAAAGAUUUCCUCAAGGGCCAAGAGCUCCUUGGGCUGGGAGACGUCUGGACAGACUAA